AGCAGAGUCGUGUUUGUGGGGCAACACCACUCUUUCAGCAACAACUCAAUUAUCAUUUUAGUUCUAAUCCGUACACCAUCGGAAUCAGAUUGUAUCUCGCUUGAGGUGUGCUCCACACCACACCGAAAAAAAAUCCCUCUUCGCGCUAUCUUAUCGGCAAAGACACGGUGAAUUUUUCCACCGCAACAAGAACGAUUAAUUUAGUUCACAAGCAGAGUUGGAAAAGUGUAUUGCUCAGCGGAAAAUUUAUUAAAAUUUUCGCCUGACAGUGAAAAGAGGGGCGUAUUUAUAGCUGUGGUGGAUUUAUUAAUUUGUGCACGAAGAAUAAAUCAACACUACACGCGUUCCAUUGACGUGCGUGAAAGACGAGAAAAAUGAGUGUUCGUGGUGUCCUCAGCAGUUUGGAUUCGCACGAUCCAGAACUUAUUCGUCCCAUAAGUCCUGGAAUACUUCAAGCUGAAUUCUUUGAAUCUGACGGGAGCACUGAUUCAUCGAAUUUGCCAAUUGGUGCCGGUCAUACAAACAAGCAGGAUGGGAUUCAUGGAAAUUUGCCCAAUGAAAUUUCAGCCCCCUACGAAGUGCCCCAAUUUCCCAUUGAGCAGAUUGAGAAGAAAUUGCAAAUUCAGCGUCAUAUCAAUGUUAUGGAUAAGCAUGGUGUCCCCCCGGAGAUUACCGUGAAAACAUCCGAAACUGUGACGGAUAGUGCCAGCGAACUAGUCCCCAAUUUUCAGCGUGUCUCAAUUUCCGGUGAAGACACCAGCGGUGUCCCACUGGAGGAUCUCGAACAUGCAUCUCAGCUAAUCAUUGAAGCCAUAAAAAUGCGUCAAAAGUACAUGCACUGGUCCAGUCAAUCGUUCCCCGUAACCCUUUCAAACUACGUUGGAGACAUGGGGAAUACUGUACUUCACGAGGAGAAGAAAACUAUUGCAGAUCAUCCCGUUCAUGCGAUGCCAUCAUCCGAUCCGUGGGCAAUUGAGACACCCCCCAGCAAGGGAUACACCAUUAAGGCCGUCAAUGGAGUGUUCAAUUGCUUCCGUGAUGCAGAAUGUACGCAGAAUCUUGACUACCCAUACCCAAAGCUACCGCAAUUCAUUCAGGAUAUGCAAACAAUGUGUGCCAUGAUCGCAGAUGGACCUCUAAAGUCAUUCUGCUAUCGCCGAUUGAGCUAUUUGUACUCUAAAUUCCAACUUCACGUUCUCCUCAAUGAGCUCCGUGAGUUGGCAUCGCAGAAAGCAGUUCCGCAUCGAGAUUUCUACAAUAUUAGAAAAGUCGAUACUCACAUCCAUGCCGCAUCGUGCAUGAAUCAAAAGCACCUACUGCGCUUUAUUAAGAAGACCCUAAAGACAAAUGCCGAUGAGGUGGUAACCGUGACAAAGGGUCAACCGAUGACACUGCAGCAGGUCUUUCAAUCAAUGGAUCUGACUUCGUACGAUCUCACCGUGGACAUGUUGGACGUUCAUGCGGAUCGCAAUACCUUUCAUCGUUUUGAUAAAUUCAAUGCCAAAUACAACCCAAUUGGGGAAUCACGUCUCCGGGAGGUUUUCCUCAAGACAGACAACUACCUCAAUGGAAAGUACUUUGCGCAGAUUAUUAAGGAAGUUGCGAGUGAUCUUGAGGAAUCAAAGUACCAAAAUGCCGAACUAAGGCUCUCAAUUUACGGCAAAUCACGCGAUGAAUGGGACAAAUUGGCCAAGUGGGCUAUCAAUUCUAACGUCUACUCUGACAAUAUUCGUUGGUUAAUUCAAAUUCCUCGUCUUUUCGAUAUCUUCAAGACAAACAAAUUGAUGAAAUCCUUCCAGGAGUUUAUUGACAACAUCUUCAUGCCAUUGUUUGAGGUGACAAAUAAUCCGGAAGAACAUCCGGAACUCCAUAAAUUCCUUCAGUACGUUAUUGGGUUUGAUUCAGUGGACGAUGAAAGUAAGCCUGAGAAUCCCCUUUUGGACUACGAUAUUGCUGAGCCUGAGCAGUGGAAUGAUGAGGAUAAUCCUCCCUAUGCGUACUAUCUCUACUACAUGUAUGCAAACAUGACGGUGUUAAAUCAUUUCAGAAGGGAGCAAGGAAUGAAUACAUUUGUCCUGAGACCUCAUUGUGGUGAAGCUGGCCCCGUUCAGCAUCUCGUGUGUGGUUUUAUGAUGGCCGAAAAUAUCUCUCACGGCUUAUUGCUGCGUAAAGUCCCGGUUUUGCAGUAUCUGUACUACUUGGCACAGAUUGGCAUUGCAAUGUCCCCGCUGUCCAAUAAUUCCCUCUUCCUGAACUACCAUCGGAACCCCCUGCCUGAGUACCUUGCACGUGGACUCAUUGUCUCCCUGAGUACUGACGACCCCCUACAGUUCCACUUCACAAAGGAGCCCCUAAUGGAGGAGUACAGCAUCGCCACGCAAGUGUGGAAGCUCAGUUCGUGCGAUAUGAGCGAAUUGGCGCGCAAUAGUGUGUGCAUGAGUGGAUUCCCGCAUAAGAUGAAGCAACACUGGCUCGGACCAAACUACACGCAGGAAGGGAUUGCUGGGAAUGAUGUAACUCGUACCAAUGUACCCGAUAUUCGGGUUGCAUUCCGCUUUGAGACCCUAACUGGGGAACUUAAAACCAUUUUCAACACCAUCAAGGGUAAGAAGUAAAAACAACAAGAAUCCUCGCCCUUGCUCAUGGAUCCCCCACAGUGGUGGUCCAAUCUCUCUAUAAUCUCCAAAAAAAAAAUUAGAUGAAGAAACAUUGCGCUGACCUACAUUGUCGUAUAUAAAAGGAACUUUUGCAUGUCAACGCGCCAAUUCUUUUGGUUGUAAUAUCAUACAGUGUUGUGCUCUUAGUUGUUCUUCCGCAAAGUCAACAACAACAAAAUUAUAUUAACCAACAAAAUCUCAACCAAUACGGAUCUAAAUUUUGCGGCUUUUCGGGGUAGAUCGACAAAAUUAUAUACAUAAAUACAUUAUUAAAAAAUUUAUGCACAUUAUAGGAAAAAUUAUAUAUAUCUCCCAUUCAUUGUUACACUGUUAAAAAAUAUAUAUUGGUAUAUAAUUUAAAUAGAUGAAAGUAAAAAAAAAUUGUUAGCUGUUUUACACUCGUUUUCAAUAAAUGGAUGACAUUAUGAUGGUUGAAAUG